GCUUUAGCAAAUCCUACUCCACCAGAAUCAUCCAAGCCGACAGCCGAUGGCGAUGAACCCAAUGACAGUGCCACUAACCCGACGUCAGCUGUCCCGAUCAAUGGCCUAAACGCAGGGGAGACCGUGGAACCAAACCCAGCGGAAUCUCCGUCCACGAAACCGACUGCUGAUCAGAUAGCAAAAGCAAAAGCGGCGUAUAACAAGGCGAAACUGCUGCAUGCGACCUACCUGGCUUUGUCGGGCCGUGCAGCGGAGGCCAAACAGCAGUUCCAGAGCGUUUUUGCUGAGGGAUCUGGUGCGGACACGGUGGUGCGAGUGAAUGCACUGAUCAAGUCAGCCUGUUUGUCUAUGUCAGUAGAUCAG